CAGAUUUCCGGUUCCUUACUUCCGGCCGCCGUAACUCUGCACUUGAAAAACGAGCGAAAUGAGCGUGUGACGGAGAGAUCUGAUAACUCUGUGCUAAAUCUGAUAUUCUAGUCCGAGAUUAAGCCAAAUCUGGAUUAUCUGGAUCUCCGCAUGACAUUUUGGUUUUCGAUUUCCGCAAACAAAGCUAACUGACAGCCAGAUUACACCUGGCAAAGCGUUUAUAAAGCGUUUUUUGAGCGGCGCUAAAGGGGUUUGAGAGGGAAUGGCAGCUCCGCGGCCCGUUAAAGGCAUUUUAAAAAAUAAAGCCACCACCAAACCGUGUAGUGAAGUUCCGUUUGAAAGCACAGAGCCGACAGGAUCCGGCUUCACCGAGGAUGAUCAACAGAAGAAGUCACAGAAAUGGGACGAGAUGAACAUCCUGGCCACUUAUCACCCACCUGAUAAAGACUAUGGUCUGAUGAAAAUCGAUGAACCAAGUACGCCGUAUAACCGGAUGGUAGGUGAAGAUGAUGAUGAUGAUGAAGUGCACAGCGAUUCAGAAGGUAACGCAGCCCUCACUGUGGACGACCUUGCCAAAAAACUGGCAGCGGCUGAAGGUUCAGGUCCUCGGUGUAUGCGGGAGGAAGAGGAGGAGAGCAGUGAGGAGGAAGAGCAGCUCAAUCCAGAGGAACAGGCUAAAAAGAAGCAGUUUGAAAUGAUGAGGAAGAUGCAUUAUAAUGAAGGACUUAACAUUAAACUGGCCAGACAGCUGAUCGCCAGAGAGCUGGAGGAGGAGGAGGAGGAGGAAGAGGAGGAGGAUGAGGAGAUGAAGGAUGACACAGAGACGGAGGACAUUAAUGUAGACCCUCCUCAAGAUGCAGAUUCACUGGAGUCGUAGGUGAAGGAUGUGCUUUGGCAAGAGUCUCAGAAGCUGUGAUUGACGAUGUGCUUUUUGUAUUCAACACGCACUGCAAUGCAAAACUACACUGACCCGCCGGCUGCUCAGUCUGUUGCCAAGAGUGUGUCGUGUUACUUUUGUCUCGCAAGAAACAAAGGCCUAAAGACUGUUAUCAGAGAGGCAAAGUCAUCAGCGAUAACCAAGCCCCUGCUUUUUAUUUUUAAAUUUGACAUGCAGCCACAAAACUGCAUUGUUAGUACAAGCUAAUAAAGCCUCAUGUAUACCAGCUAUUAUUGCCUAUAGAAGGCGUAAUCUGUAUUUUUCCGUUUAGUUGGAAUCGAUACACAUUACUAAGCCUUAUAUUCAAGUUUUUAAUCAUUAAUAAUUCAGUUUGAAUUUGGAUUGACAUGGACUGUCCACUUAAGUGAAUUUGUCCCUCCUUUGGGACAUCACUACAAACAUAAACCAGAAGCUUUGCUCUCCAUGUAAAAACAUAUAUCUUUGAGUCUUAAAAAUAUUUGGUGGUUAGACAACCUAAUAUGACUUUUAGAAAACCAACACCUAAAAGUAUAUUUAUAUUCACUAACCUCCUAACAGCAGAAACUCACACCACGCCACACAGAUGUGAUUUGAGCCAACAUGGGUGUUUAGUUGGCCUUUACACUUUUAUUUAUUUAUUUAUUUUUGUUAAAUCACUUUUGAAACAGCACAAAAUAUGGAGUCAUUUUUGUGCCAGAUAUAAAAAUGUCCCCUUUUUUUACCUCAGAUGUUUGGCGUCUGAAGUUUUUUUUUUUUUUUUUUUCUAGUAAUAAUUGAACUAGCAAGUAAUGAAAACAUAAUGGCUAGCAGCUCAACAAUUUCUUCAGGUAUAGGCAAAGAACGCGAAGUUAAACAUUUCUUUUUAUCCCAAAGCUUUACAGGGACAGGCCAGUUCACACCCAUCUCCUCAGAUCUAAAUGGAAUGUAACCCCUGAAUAUGCCAAUCCUGGAAGUGUGGGCCUAUAGAUAACAGGAGCGUAGACAAUUUCAUUUUGAAUGUUCUACUACGUUAUUGUUUCUGUGGUAAAAAGCUCCUUCACAGGGAUGUGUAUGGUGGAUUUGUCACGUAAACUGACUUAAAACGUUUGUAAUCAUUGAUACGAUAGUCUUCUGUAAGAUGUUUAUUUAAAAUUUAUGGAAGGCAUCUCGGUGUCAGCCAUUUGUAACGCGGGGGGGGGGGGGGGGUUGUCUUGUUAACGUCGAGAGAGGCUGGUGAGAAUAUAGGUGAGCCUAAGCUGAAAUUGAAUCACAACAUUGAAUGUAAGUAUGAACUGAUAAAUUAUGAUGUGAUGUUCUUUACUAAAAAUUGUUGGUAAAUUGCUGUGGUAGAAGAGGAAUUAAACAUUUUGGGGGUUAGUUAAAAAUAAUAACAACUUUGGGGUGUUUGUAGAUUUCAAUACUAAAUUUUUUUUGGCACUAAAAUGACUCUAUAAUGGACCAUUUGCCUUUUUAUAUAAAAAGGUUGAAUAAUUUGGUACUUUUAAAUAAAGGUUGCUAAUGAGGAUGGCCUUUUAUGGCGUGAAAUUAAAGGAACAGCCAAAAAUGAAAUGAACAUGAAAUCCUUUCCUUUGUCAGGUUUGUUUGCUCCUUGUUCUUUAGUGGUGCACUGCAGCUAACCUAGCUGACAAGUAAUGGAAACUUGUAGCCACCUCUUUGGCAUCAUGCAACCUUCAUACUGCUAGAGGGGGUUUUUUGUACACUUCAUUUUUGACUGAAACAUCACUUUAAAGCUUGUGAUUUAUUUGAUGUCCACUGUACGCACAGCUAAUGAAUUUUUCUCUCUAUUGCUUGAGAGCUAAUGACAUACAGCUGUGCCUGAUGUUAUGAAUUAAGUUUCAUAACAUUAAGUAAAACUGUAAACUACUGAAAUUGAAAGGGAGUUGUUAAGGGAUUGGAAUCCUAGAGAGAUUUGGCUGUCUCAAAUGCUAGUAGACUGCCUUUGCGAAAAUGUGGGAUUAGGGAUGCUGUAUAAAGAGCAAACCUGCUUGCUAAUUAGCAUGAUUGCUCGUGUGUGUGUGUGUAUUAACACUAGCAUUUGGGAUGGACUUUUCAUGUUUUGCCAAUCCUGUUGUAUUGUUUGUGGUCCCCCCCCCCCUUCAUAUUUCACACAUGUACUGUUUUUAUUUUUUCACAGUAACACGGUUUCUCCUUUACAAUUCCACUACUGCGGGUUUUCUUUUUCUUGUGCUUUAGUCUUAAAAUUGUGUGCUCAUUAAUUUAUUAUUAUUAUUAUUAUUAUUAUUAUUAUUAUUAUUAUUGCCUAAUUAUCUCCCGGUUUCUGAUAUUAUAUUGAUGCAACGUGCCACAGCCUGCUCAUUAUACUAGCCUUCAGAACUAACUAGCUCCCUAAAGCAUGACUGAAUAGAACACCUCCACUACAGUUAUUACCCUGUGCUGCUACACCCACGCCCCCUGGUGGAGAAGUAUGUGAGUGAAUGACAUUGAGGGUGGGACAGAGGGAGACAUUGAGGAAAUUGGUAUGUCAGUGAGGGAGCGAAUAAGUGAACGAUUGAGGGAAAGAAGGAGCAUGAAGUUUAAGGAGCAAGCAUAUAAAGGAGGGAAUGAAUGAAAGAGUUAGUAAAUGAGGAAUUUGUGGAGGGAGGGAAUGACAAAGGAAGCAAGUGAAUCAGUGAUGGAGGGAAUGUAGAAUAAGGGGGUGACUGAAUGGAUCUCUUAAUACUCCUUCAAAUGUGUCUAAAAUUAGGACCUGUAGGAGAUGGUGUUCCUCACACUGACUACUGAAUGAGACAAAUAUUAUAUUAAGAACACACAUGCCAUGCAUCAUCUCUUUCCAUCCUUCCCCUUCCCAGACCUCCUGUUCCUUCCCUCCCCCUCAGAUAUUAAGUCUUGUUUAAUAUCUGCAGUUUGCUUUAGUUUUGGUGCUAUGAGGCUAAUUUUGCUAAUAGGUAAUGGAAGUCAAUGUCAUCCAAAACUUUACUGUGGGACCUCCUGAUAUGUGCACAGUACUUCAACUUGUAGCUCAAUUCUGGAAUGUUUAUUUAUGCCUGCCAUCUUGAACAAUUGAGGUUUGGUAUUGCUCUGCCUCCCAGAGUCUCAAGCGGUAACAGUGAAGUGCUCCACUUAAAUGCGUAAAUACUAUUCUAUACACUCUCACUGCUUUUACACUUUUUAUUAACUUUUUAUUUAUGAAUAUUAUUAUAGAGGUUAACUAUGUCAAUUUGGGUGUUUAUUUACAUUUUGGGUGACAUCCAUUACCUACUAGCUUCAUGAGCCUUGUUGCUCCAGUGCAAGAUUAAAGAUGCAAACUUUAGACAUCAAACAUGUCUUGGAUGAUUGUAGACAUUUUCAUAUUUGUCUGAACUGCUCCUCAAGUAUUGGCACCCAAUUUGCAAAUGCAGCAUGUCAUGUUUGCCUUUUGGUUACUUAACGCUGUAAACGCUCAAUGUUGCAGUGUGUGUGAGAGAGAGAGAGCGCGCUAGAACAAUCUUUGUCAGUAUUGUUGUGAGACAUAAAACCAACAUAUUAGACACAUUAGAUAUUUAAAAAGCACAUUUAUAAACUUAAGAUCACAUAAAAGUGCUGGACACUUGAACAGAUUCAGUUAAAUCUGAAUUUCUGAUCUUUAUGAAGUGUUCAGUUUAUCUUUUGCUUUUUUUCUGUCCUGAAUCUCUGUAGGAAGAAAAAAAAAAAAGGUUGUUUUUGCAUUACACCUGAUUUCUAAGGGUGUGUGUGAGGAAUAAAAUUGGAUGUAAAAUGUUGUGUAAAUCUGUAAAUGUUCAUAUCCAUGCUCUAUAUUUUUAAGCUCUGUUCAUUGGUUGCCUUUUAUCUUUUUUUCUUUGUUUUCUCCCCUUUAAUAGUGUUUCCUCCUGAGAACGAAAUGCAGAUUUGCGUCAUUUUUUUAUGAAGUGUAACUGCAUGUCCUUCACUAUGUCAAGGUAUAGAUUAUUUAUCAUUAAUAAAAUAUAUGUUAUGACA